UUCAAAGUGCUUACAAUGCAUGCUGGGAAAUUAAACCAAAAAAAUUGCGGAAUGAAAACAAUGUUUCGCAUCAAAGAGCAUGAAAAUUAGGCGUGAACUUAGACCUUUUACCUUUUUACUUGUAUAAAAUAUGUCAGAAGAUGUAGAUGUUGAUCUGAGGGAACAAACAUUCCACAAUGCAGUUCGAGAGGUUAUUAUUUUCCUGUUGUUAUUUAUUCUGUUGUAUGUGAGUUCAUAUGUGGUCCUGUGUUAUUUUAAGAGAAAAACAGACAACGAUGAGAUGUAUGCAGGGGAGGAAGAUGCAAUAGUAUUUAGAAUUUCGUUAUGGCUGUGUACUUUUACCUUGGCAGUAUCAGCAGGUGCUGUGUUACUUCUACCGAUCUCUAUCGUAUCCAAUGAAGUCUUACUUCUCUAUCCUAAAAGUUAUUACGUUAAGUGGUUGAACAGUUCACUUAUACAUGGACUAUGGAAUCAUGUGUUUCUUUUUUCCAAUCUGACAUUAUUCAUCUUCAUGCCAUUUGGUUACUUGUUCACAGAAUCAGAAGGUUUUGUAGGGUCUCGGAAGGGACUUUUAGGGAGAGUGUAUGAAACCAUCAUAAUUUUAUGUUUGUUGACAAUAGUUGUCAUUGGACUUGCAUGGGUAGCAACUGCCAUGUUUAAUGAAGAUGAUCAUAGCAAAGAAACAUUGUUUGAUGUUUGGAACAUAUAUUUACCAUAUUUGUAUUCAUUCAUAUCAUUUCUUGGUGUCAUUGUUUUGUUGUUAUGUACACCAAAUGGUUUUGCCAUACUUUUUACUGUGAUAGGACAAUUGGUUGUUAAACCUCAGUUUUUACGAGAUAUAGAGGACGAUUUAUAUGCAGUGCAAUUACAAGAAGAAGAUAUACGCAGAAGAAUCAACCUGGGAAACCAUAUGCAUGAUAUACUUUAUGUAAGGAAUACAUUUUCUGCUCGCAUGAAAAGAAGGUCAACUCUUAAUGAUUUUGAUGUUCCUGGGAAGAUUGCCAAUGGACAUACUAGCCCAGACUUACUACAGCAACAGUUACUUGAUGUUCAGAAUACUAUCUCUGUUUUAGAGAAGAAAAAGAAAGUAUCACCUUGGAGAAGAAACCUGGGUUAUCCUUUAGUUAUGUUGUUGUUAUUAGUUUUAACAGUAUUAUGUUUACUUAUGGUUGCCCACAACUUUUUUGAAUUGUUAGUUGGUAUAAAAGCAUUACCUGUCGGUGCUAAGGAAACAGUUGUAUUGGGGAUCUCCUCUCUGUCCACAUUAGGGUCAGUUGGAGCUACCUUAGAAAUUGUUUUAAUUUUGUAUGUUAUGUGUGCGUCUGUGGUAGGAUUUUAUAGCUUGCCAUUCUUCAAAAGAUUACGUCCAGUCCCACAUGAUACGUCCAUGGUCAAAAUCAUAGGAAACUGUGUUGUGUUGCUCAUACUCAGUUCAGCAUUACCAAUUCUCUCUAGAAUGUUAGGUCUAACAAAUUUUAAUUUGAUAGGUAACUUUGGCAGUAUGGAGUGGCUUGGUAACUUGUAUAUCAUUUUAGCUUGUGAUGCUCUGUUUGCUGCACUAACAACAUUAUGUUUGACUGACAAAUUCACAGUAAAAGUGCGUACAGAAAUUUAUAACCGGUUUCUAAUGUUAUUCCAACGUGAUAGUAGGAGAACAUGGUCAUUUAGUUCAUACAUCAAUACAGGAAUGAAAGAUGAAUAAAUGUGAUGCAGGUUGUGUUUGUUUAUUUUAAGUUUUUAAUAUGUUGGUUUGUAACAUUUUUAUAAUUUAAAAAAAAAAAUGGUCUGAUUCCAAUUAAAACACAUUACUUCAGAAUUUGACAAGCAGUUCCAUGUUGAAAAAAAAUGUUUAUGUAAUUUAAAAGUAUCCAUAAAUUUCAACAUCUAAAAAAAAAAAAAAUCCAUUUUGGGCAUGCUGUUUUGUUGAGUUGUAUCAAUGGAGCUUGUCCGAUUUGUCUUUUAUACAUUCAUGGUUUUUAACAUAGAAAAGUGAGGUUGAAUAAUAUUACAAAAUACUUAGCAAAAAUGAUUUUUUUUAAAGAAUAAUUUUAUUUAAGUUUAUUUUCUUAAAAAGGAUUGCCUCAGGCCGAAUAAAAUUAGUAUAUGUGGUUCCAGAUACAUCUAUAAAAACUUAGGAUAGGUAGCUAUAGAUUUUUUUUUUAUUAUGUUUAUUUUUUUACAUUGAGUCCAUGGGAGCAACAUUCUGACUAACAGUGCUUAAUGAAAAAAAACAUCUUUAGGGUAGGCUAUUUUUAAGACUUAAAAGUAGGGUAGGUAGGGUAAAUGGAACCACACAUAUAUUUUUAUUUGGCCUUACAUUUCUGCAGUAUCUGAAUAAGAAGUCUAUAGCUUAUUUAUUUUAUGUAACAGGUAAAGUUUCAAAUUAAGUGAGGUAACUAGAAAUAGUGUAAUCAUUUAUUCUGACAUCAUUGUAUAUGAAAAAGCAUUUGCAUUUCACAGACUUUACAAUCAUAUUGUGUGCAACCAAUCAUUCACUACGCAUUUUGAAAAUUCAUAAUUAACAAAAUCCUACAAAAUAACAGUUUAAAACUGUUCAGAUAUAGUGCUAAUGUAUUUAAAAUGGUAUAGACGUUUUUAAGUUUUUGAGGGUCAGUAUUUUUGUUUCAAUAAAUCCAUUACCGUGUAUUGUGUUACAUGUUUAUGUGUAUUGUACUUAUAAAUGUAUUGUUAGAUGAUGUUUUUAUGAAAAUUCACCCAAAGUUUGAAGAAGGAAGAAAAAGGAUAAUUUAUUUUUAAUAUUUCAAAGCUGAAAACCAACAUACAGUAUGGAAGAUAAAAAAUCGGAAAUUAAUUUGAAAAUUAUUUAUUUCUGUUGUAAAAAUACAUUGAAUCUAGAUAGACUAUAAAACAAUUAUAAAAAAAAAGUUAAGAUAGGUUUCUUUAUUUAUAUUCAUGUUACAUUUUAUACAUCAAUUUGGUUGUUAGUCAUGUAUGAAAUUAUUUACUAAUACUUAGGGAGUUUAUUUAAACAUUCCAUGUGUGUUAAUUUUAAUUUUGAAGUUGUUUUUAAUAAGGAAUAUUGGUGGAUGCACAACGAACAAUGGUUAUAUUGGUUAAUUUUUAAUACAUUAAACUUUUAAACUCAUAAAAAAGAAGCCUGAUUUUUUAUUAAGUUCAUUUUACUGAAAAUUAUGAUUUGGGACCAUGAAAGAAACAUAUUAAUAUUUUGUCUAUUUUUAAAUCAAAUUGACAGCUUAUUUUUGUCACUAAUUUUUUCAUUCAAAAUCAGUUUCAAGAAGUUAUCCUUAAAAUCCCUCGACAAAAAAUUUAAAGAUUUCCUAGGUAUUUAUCAAAAUGUUUAUUACCGGUAUAUUGUAUUAUCAGACUCAUAAACGUAAUAUUUUCCCUCUAUGAUGUAAUUUGUCAAUCCUUGUGUGUCCAUUGGUUGCUAGGUCCCAUAGUUUAUGUAAUUGUAUACAAUUAUAUGUCAAAUUUGUCCAGGUACUGUAGAAUAUCUUUGAAUGCUAUUUGUACUGUAAGACAAUCUUGAUCUGUAUAGGGUGUCCUGUGACCGUGUCCAUGGUGUAGAUUUAGCUUGUUUAACAAGAAAGUUGUAUGAAUUAGGAAUGUUAAUUUUAUUUUUAAUCAAACAUAUGCUUAUAUUAUUUAUGAUUUUAUUUAAACUGUACAAUAUGUAAUAUGCAUUCUUUUUAUGACAAUACUGACUUGUUCAGAUUUUAUGCAUUCCAUGGGAACCUUAACAAUAACAUUGAUAGAUUUGAAGAAAAAAAAUAUUGAUCAAAGCAAGACAUCAAUCCGAAAUGUUUAAUUUAUGUAUAAUUGAAUGGACCAUCAAGUUUAUAAGAAUAAAGGACACUAAAUAAUUCAUUUUUAAUAAGAAUUUACAAGUAGAUUUUAGUUUUUAAGUUAUGUGGAAACUGGGAGUAGUGCUGAAAUGGUUUGAUGCUUUCUUGCCUUGCUUAAUUGAUCACUUGUUUCAAUGUUAAUAAUAGUUUGUUCCUAUAUAACCAAAGAUUGUUUCUGUUAUGAUGAAUUUAGCUGUUUCCUUCAUUGUGAAGUAGAUUACCUGCAAACAAAGACAAAUUCUAGUCAGUCUGAUGCAAUUUAUAUAACCAAAUUUAAUCUCCCUUGUUUUUGUAAACGAAAAAUACAAGAGGAAUGUGAUUUUUAUGCUGUGUCACAGAGAAGGGGGCAAUACAUUUUACCCUUGUACAUACUAAAAUUGGUUUCUGUUCUCUUACUAAGUUUGCCUCAACCAAAUUGUAUUAAUCUUAUACACAAUGCUUAUUACUGCAAUACUCAGAUCAAGUAUGGAUUUGGGUAGCGUAACUAGAGUUCUAGAGUUAUGUCCCUUUAUGUUAGUUUCUAUCAGGGGCAUUAUCUGUGUCCCAUGGACAUGUUCCCCAUUCAUUUAUUAUUAUUAAAGGGGCAUACAAUUUACAUAAAAAAAAUAUGAUUCAAACUUUAAUAAAGUCAGAACUAUGAAUAAAUAUGUCACUAUUAGCAGUCAGAAUUACUUCAAAAUAAACAUUGCUGAUGUGUUAUUGACUUGCAAGUCAACCUCAUAGUAAUGGUUGGUCAAUGGUGUCUUGUCUUAUAUACAACUAAAAUGCUGAUGCAUUAUAGUGAGUUCAUGCACUGUACAUUGUUUCUUUUGGACUUUUAAAAUAAGAAUAUAAGUUUCAGUAUGUGCUGUCAACAAACUUGAGUAAAAUAGGUGAAUUUUUGUUUAUAGCUACGACUCCUGUACGGCCUUGAUACAAGUAAUUUUGUUAAGCAGCAAAUUAAAUUGAUUAAAUGAAUCUCAAAAGUUGAUGAAGAGCUCAAAGAUAUACAGAUAUAAUGCUCACUUGUGUAUGGUUUUUUCUUGAAAGUAUUUUAAGCUUAAUAACAGUAUUUUUAACUGAUUAUAGAAAUUAUUAUUGAAAUGUAUUCUAGAAUUAAUUAGAACAAAAUAAAAUGACUAACAUUGCUAGUAGGUUUGGCUCUCUUACCUCUAAAUUGAGAUAAAGCUCAAGUAUAAUAGGGUUAUUGUUUAUCAUAGUUAUUGACAGAUAGAUAAAACCACUACAUGUAUUUUAAAUCAAAUAUGUUUUUAUAUAAUAAUAUUUGAUCAAAAUAUUGAUCAAAACUUAGUUUUUGCAAGUUGUCGAUAUAAUUGAUAAUUUCUUAUUUUUGUAAACAUACAUUUUCGACUUAUGGGACCAUAUCUUUAUUGUUGUUCAAAACAAUAAAUAUAAGAUUGAACAUAAAAUCAAAGAAAAUCUUGUGAUAUUCUGGUGUCUAUAAGAACUAUAAUGUUUGAUAUGAAUAGAUGAAGAUGUUAGGUAUUCAGCAAUAUGACCGCAUCUCAGAAACAUAAAAACCAUAUAAGUAAAUUGUAUUUAUGCUAACUGAUAUGCUUUGUCAUUGUUGACAUCAGCUGGUAUACUUGUGUGACCGCUUCAAGUAGAAAAGUCGUGGAAAUAUAAAUCAAUGCCAAUUUGCCAAAGUUUAUUUUCCCUUUUAUGAAAGCAUCUGACAGCAAAAUUAAAACAAUCACAAAAUUAAACAUCUGCAAAAUUAAAAAAAUCUCAAAACUAAACAUUGUAAAAUUUUUAUUAAAAACACCAACCUAAACAUCUGCAAAAUUUGAAAAAUCACAAAACUAAACAUCUGCAAAAUUUAAAAAAUCACAAAACUAAACAUCUGCAAACUGGGUAAAAAAACAAAUGGCCACUAUAAUAAUGUUGGUUUACUGUGCCCAAAGUAUGCUGAUGAAACAAUGUUAAACUGAGUAUUGAUUUUUAUAUUUACAACCUCAGGUUUACAGCAAUUACAUUGUAAAUUAUGGAUUAGAUUGCUGAAUUAACCGAUUGUUUUCAAUAUCAGAUUUUAUUGCAUGAAGUAAAACUCUAUUAACAUGAUUGUAUAUUUUUGUGCACAUUAAUUGUACUUACCUAAAAUUAAUCCGUCUAAUUAUAAAAUGCAACAAACAUUUUGCAAAAGCAAUGCAAAGACAUUAUAACAUUGUAAGUACCAUGAACAAGUCUUUUUAUUUAUCAUUUUUAUAUGCUUUUAAACAUUUAAUUUAAUAACAAGUUAUGACAAUACCUUCAUUUUAAAGGGUAAUAAUUGAUAUACAUCCAAAUGUCAAAAUCUAUUGGUUAAUAAAUAAGAUAUAUUUGCCAGAAUUUUCAUACUAUGAAAAUUAACUAAAUUAUUAUACAUUUUUGUUUUAGCCUGCAACAUUUAUGUGAAGAUAUUUCAACAUUGGGGUUCAGUCUGGGGUAAAAUCUUUUUAAAUGCCAACAAUAUAAAAAAGAAGAUGUGGUAUGAUUGCCAAUGAGACAACUAUCCACAAAAGACCAACAUGUACCGCAGAUACAAAAACAGGGAAAACAAAUUUUGAUUAUAUUCAACCAAAAAUAAGUCUUAAUUAGAACAGGCAAGUGUAUAAAAGAAGAAAUUUGUUUCAGUUGGUCAGUAAUUUAUAGAAAAAUUCAAUUAUUUUACACAGUUGGUGAAGACUUUUUGUAAGUUUGACAUAGUCUUAAAAGUACCAUGUAAAUGAAUGAGUGCAUUGCACACAUUCCUUAACAUAUGUCCCUUGUAUGUGAACAAAGAUAUACAUGUAUCCCAUUAUAAUCACAACCAAUGUCAUUAAUAAAUGCUCAUUUAUUUUAUUUAUUCUGUGCAAUUAGUAUAUAAAGUUAUUAUUUUACUAAAUGUAUUUGUAUUGUUUAAUUGUUAUUUAGCAAUAUAGAAUUAAAAAUAUACAUAAAAAUUAAUAAAAAAUAUAGUAAAAUUA